ACGUGAGUGAGCUUUGAAAAAUACGCGCGAGAAAAAUAAGCGACGGAAACGGCAGUAUUCGCUGUUUUUUCGGUAAACGAACGAACAAACAAACAAGUAAACAAAUAAAAAAAAACUCGAGUCGUGGUUGAAAGCGCUCGUCAUGGCGCUCCUGUCGCCGUACAGUAAAGUCCCCGAGCUGAACACCGCUACUGUUCUCUUGGUUGAAAAUGAGGAGGAGCUGCAGAACAAACUAGCCAACGCCAUAGUACAACAUGAGAAGGAUUUCAACGUCAAUGUACGUUUGGCCAAGAAACUCCCUCUGCCUGUUGAGAACAAGGAAGCUCGUCCACGUAUUGAUUUGAUAGUGUUUAUAGUGAGUCUGCUGUCCGAGCGCAGUCUUCAGUCUGCAGAGAGUUCCCUCAGUCAUCUUCAUUCAGACUGUUUUCUGGGGAAAGUGUGUUUCCUGGUGACUGACGCUCGCUGUGGUUCUCACACUCAGGAGCGUUUGGUCAGUGUGAGGAAACUGGCUGCUUCACAUCACUGUCCCGUCAUCUGCGCUGAACACAGGACUGCAGAGGGUGUGAGCGCUGCAGCUCUGCGUCUUCUCAAUAUUCUGCAGGUUUCAGCAGGAAUGACCCCUAUCUCCACCACGGCCCUCUACCUGUCCACACUGACCCGCUGCUCGCUGACCUCUGACCUCCAGGAGGACUACCUGCAGUAACUCCAUCAUUCAGCUUCAGAGGCCAGAAUCCCACAGCGUUGCAGGUGGAUCAGGUGGAUCUGAACUAUACAUUCUUUACCAUGAAUUUGACCUGUGUUCAUCUGGCCCUCACUCUUUUACGAAAUUAAUAACGCUCCAGCCAGCAGAUGGAGCCGUUAUGUAGCUAAUGAUUACUUUUGUCGUGUUGCCCAAAUAAUCUCCCCCUUACAGUAUUUAUAAAUAAAACAGUUUUAAAUAUGA